AUGAUGUACAGUACUAGUCAGCGCAGUCUGGCGCGCAACACGCGGCGGUGCGUCAGCAGCAAGUGGGCGCAACCAGCAACCCUAUCGAGUUCACGGCUCGCAAGCACUUGUGCUUUUGGCUCCGCGGUAACCACCAGCAAGAGACACAAUGCCACCUGCUCCGCCCUCGCCGCCACUGGCAAGACCCGAUCAUAUUCGACGUCGGUACCGCCCCCAACGACAGAGCUCCCGAAGGAUAUCGCGAUCAUCGGAGGUGGUUUGACCGGCUUGGCCACGGCCUACUUCGCUAAACUCCACAACCCCCAUGCACGCAUCACAGUCUACGAGGCGUCUAACAGGCUCGGCGGCUGGAUUGACACGGAGGAGGUCCAUGUCACAACCCCGUCAGGCGAAGAGGGCAAGGUGCUCUUCCAGCGCGGCGGCCGCAUGCUCAAGACGAUGAAGAACAAGGCCAAGUACGAUGAUUUGAUCUUCUGGAAGUUAGUGGCCGACCUCGACUUAGAAAACGAACUUGAAGUUACGAACGAACACGAGCCUUUGGGCAACUACAUCUAUUACCCCGAUCAUCUUGUCGCGAUGCCGCAGCCCAUCUUGGACAAGAAUCGACCCCUUGAUUCGGCAGCUUCGAUUUAUAGCGCGGUGCAAACAACCUUAAACGAGCCCAUUUUUAAGGGUGCCGGUUCGGCCGCUAUGAAAUACUUUUUUGGGGGCGGGCGCAAAAAGACGCUCAAGGACGGAGAAGAUCAAUCGGUCUACGACUUCUUCCGGCGCGCUACGGGAACUCCUGAGCUUAUUAACAACACUCUCGGCGCUUUGAUGCAUGGCGUAUGGGGCGGCAAUAUACGGAACCUCAGUAUGCAGAGCGGCCUGUUCUCCAAGGUGACAUUACCGAGCCCGGAAAAGGGUAAAAUCUGGUAUCCAAAGGAGGAUUAUGAGUUCAUGAGGAGGAUGUUUCGGGUGUACUCACCCGACGACAUGACCAAGUUCCUGCGCAAUUACAUGGCCAAAGGAGAGAACUCGGAAUAUAUCUGGUUCAAGAAUGGCUUUAGCACCAUGACAGACGCACUCAUACGGGAGUUGAUGGAUAGGGGGAUGAACGUCACUUUCAAGCUCAACACUCCCGUGCAGUCUAUCUCUCUUCACCCAUCACAAAAGAUAGCGAUCAAAUCCAACAAAAAUGUUCAGGCCGCCCUACACGACAAAGUCGUGUCAACAAUCUACGCAAAGACUCUGGCCGGGCUCACAGUCAACAAGCUUCCCUCUCUAGCACGCUCGACCGCCGUCACCAUCCGAGUCGUCAACAUCUGGUACCCAACCCCAAACCUCAACGCACCAUUCAACGGUAUCGGCUAUCUUAUCCCCUCAACCACGCCGGACAACCAUGAGGGCAUCCUCGGCGUGCUCUUCGACUCGGACCGCGAGCAUCGCGGCCGCAACUACGGCGGUGACACCGUCCCCGGCACCAAGUUAACUGUCAUGAUGGGCGGCCACUACUGGGAUACGGAGCCGUCCUACAUGUACGACGAGAACAAGUGCAUCAACAUGGCCAAGAGGGCCGUCGAGCGGCACCUGCAGAUCUCCGAGGAGGACGCCGCUGGCGCCGUGGCCACCACCAAGCUCUGCCGCGACUGCAUCCCGCAGCACACAGUCGGCCACCGUGAGCGCAUGGCGGACGCGCACCACGAGCUUCUCAAGGCCUUCAAGGGCAACCUGUCCGUGGUGGGCGGCUCGUACCAGACGCCCGGGAUUAACAGCGCGCUGCGCGGCGCUGCGGACAUUGCUUACGAGUUGUCGAACAAAAUGGUGCCGCACCCGGUUGGGAAUACGGGUCUGCAGCGGUUCACCAGACCGAUGUCGGAGUCUUGGAUCCAGGAUGAGAAGGAAAUAUUCCCGUUGAAGUUUGGCAACCCGUUCAAGACCAUUUUCAGGAUGCUUUCGGCCGAUGCUCGCAGCCGGCUGGAAUAG